AUGGCAUCCAGUCUAAGUCCAGCUUCACAAGGACCGGCUUUUUUCGAAGUACUGGACAAUGAACAUCGGAAUAUGCUCGAAAGAGCUGUGAGGAAUGUCCUGAGCACGGAGGUAGCCGAGCUUGUAUAUGCCCAGAUUCUCGAUGGACUUCCUACUGAAAAGUCUUUGAGAGACAGUUCCGACUAUGUCAAAGAUCACCCCGUUCAUAGCCUUCGGCACACUGAGACUUGCCCCGGAUAUGUAGACAAAGCCCGCGAGUUCAGAAACCAGUUUGACCUAUCUCAACUACAAUUAGACUUGAAGACAAUCAAAGCCUUCUCCGAUACAGUGCCUGGCUCAAAAGAGUCCAGCCUUCGACUGAUCGAAGUCGUUGCCGUGGCUUGUCAUCAGAUCGGUGCUUAUCUCUUCAAUCUUGAUGAUGGUGCUCACAAGCACAAAGUAUAUGAAGAUUGGAGACAAAGUGUCCUAGAAGAAAAGGAACUUGGAGUUGAGUCAAGGCGAUACUACGAUCCUCCUCCCAUCGCCUUUUGUCAUCGAGCAUAUCGAUAUCCCGAGCAAUAUCCAAAAGGUAUGGCUGAUGUUGCUGGCUAUUGGGCUGAGUCCAAGAUUCUCGGCGGCGUCGUUGUAUUCGACCGCGGCGAGACCGAACAAGAGUGCAAUGCCAUGUGGAUUCACGGCGACUUGACCAGAGGCCCAAGAACGCUCUAUCCACCGACCCAGGAACAAUUCGACGCCUUGAUCAAGUUCCUCACUACUCCAUUCGAAGAAAACUUCACAUAUCCCUUUCCUAUACAUGGAGCAAGCGUUAACAGGCCACGAUGGCAUCCAUAUCACGCAUUUGCGUACUAUCACAUCUUCCGCGAUAACUAUGAGAGGCGACUCCCGCCAAACCCGCCACAGCCAAGCUGCGUUGAGGACGGGAUGGACUGGCCAGAACUGGACGAUCGUCGACUUCUUCUCUUGGGAGGACUUUCUAACCCCCAAGGCGAGCCGUACGUCAAUGAUGAUGAAUAUGCCGCGGCUACAGAGAGGAUCAAAAACAUAACGCCUUCUUCGCCCCUUUGGCGGCAAUCUGAGAUCUAA